AUGUCAUAUCUGUCAGCCAAAACCCAUUUCACAGUGAGCAACUCCAUAAGUCAGGCUAUCAAGUCGUAUCAUAUAAGAACUCUCACUUCACGCGCAGAAAAAAUGCCACAUAUCUCUACUCCCUUCACCACUUCAGCUAGUAAUACAAAUUUGAAAGCUUUCAGGAAAAUUAGGCCAGUCUUACAGAGGCAUAGCUCUUCCUGGAUUGCUGCUCAAAACCAUAGACGUUCACUAUCUGGGCAGUCUUCUCUGAACGACUUGCGUCAUUUGAACCGCUUUCCACAUCAUACGUUGAAAACCUCGAAUAAUGAAUUUUAUCCUGCUGAACAGUUGACUUUAGAUGACGUAAAUGAAAAUGUCUUGAAAGCUAAAUAUGCCGUCAGAGGUGCCAUUCCAAUGAGAGCUGAAGAACUCAAAGCUCAACUGGAGAAAGAUCCUCAAUCGUUGCCGUUCAAUAAGAUCAUCAAUGCUAAUAUUGGUAAUCCUCAGCAACUACAACAAAAACCUUUGACUUACUACAGGCAGGUCUUGUCUCUCUUACAAUAUCCAGAACUAUUGAAUCAAAAUGAGCAACAAUUAGUUGACUCAAAAUUGUUCAAGCUAGAUGCAAUUAAACGUGCAAAAAGCUUAAUGGAGGAGAUCGGUGGUUCUGUUGGUGCUUAUUCUUCUUCCCAAGGUGUUGAAGGAAUAAGGAGAAGUGUCGCUGAAUUCAUAACAAAGAGAGAUGAAGGUGAGAUAUCAUAUCCAGAGGACAUUUUCUUAACUGCUGGUGCAUCGGCAGCUGUUAAUUACUUGUUAUCCAUAUUUUGUAGAGGUCCGGAAACAGGUGUCUUGAUUCCCAUCCCACAAUAUCCGUUAUAUACUGCCACUCUGGCCUUAAACAAUUCUCAAGCCCUACCGUAUUAUUUAGACGAAAGUUCAGGUUGGUCAACUAAUCCAGAAGAAAUUGAAACUGUCGUCAAAGAGGCUAUAGAAAACGAAAUCAAAUCUACAGUACUGGUAGUAAUCAAUCCAGGUAAUCCUACCGGUGCCGUCUUAUCACCCGAAUCGAUAGCUCAGAUAUUUGAAGUUGCAGCCAAAUACGGUACAGUAGUAAUAGCUGACGAAGUUUACCAGGAAAACAUCUUUCCUGGCACUAAGUUCCAUUCUAUGAAAAAAAUUUUGAGACAUUUGCAAAGAGAGCAUCCAGGUAAAUUCGAUAAUGUUCAGCUAGCUUCUUUGCACUCAACUUCUAAGGGUGUUUCCGGUGAAUGUGGCCAAAGAGGUGGCUACAUGGAACUAACCGGGUUCAGUCAUGAAAUGAGACAAGUUAUUCUGAAACUAGCCUCAAUUUCGUUGUGUCCUGUCGUCACUGGUCAGGCUUUGGUUGACUUGAUGGUUCGUCCACCCUUGGAAGGUGAAGAAUCAUUUGAGUCAGACCAGGCAGAGCGUAACUCCAUUCACGAAAAGUUAAUUACAAGAGCAAUGACCUUGUACAAGACAUUCAACUCCUUAGAAGGCAUUGAAUGUCAAAAGCCUCAAGGUGCCAUGUACUUAUUCCCCAAGAUAGACUUACCUUUUAGGGCAGUUCAAGAGGCUCGCCAUUUAGAGCUAACUCCAGAUGAAUUUUAUUGUAAGAAGUUAUUAGAGUCUACUGGUAUCUGUACCGUUCCUGGUUCCGGAUUUGGUCAAGAACCGGGUACUUAUCAUUUAAGGACAACAUUUUUGGCACCUGGUCUCGAAUGGAUUAAGAAAUGGGAAACUUUCCAUAAAGAAUUUUUCGAUCACUACCGCGAUUGA